ACUCAGGAAGUGCAUGCUAUGCGGAAGUGUGGAUGUCUGUUGUCAUAAUGGGCAGAGACCACGUAGGGGACAGACUCGCCCGGGUAACUUGUGAGAAAUGAUAAUAGCAGGACAAUGGGAUUACAAGACUAAGAUGGAGAGUAAAUAGCAGCAGGCUUUCUUAAAAAAAACACCGCACCCCAAGGUUUGUUUGUUUGUUGUCUUGGAAUUGGAGACAUGCCCUGACGUGUUGGUUCACUAUUGGCUGCCAUUGGCUCCUUUAUCACCAUCUAAUAUUGAGUCUUCGGUGCUCUACCACCGGCCAGUCUGUCCACGUCCUCCAGACUGCAGCCGCUGUCUGUCCGCUUUCCUACUCAGGGUUGUUGUCCAUUAUGUGUCAUCUACAGCUGAGGACACUGGUUUUUGUUGCGUGGCUGCUGGGUUACGUCGCCUUUCUGCUCUCCGUCAGAAAGAUGUGGACCGGGAAAUACGUCCGUAGCCCACUCGCCCGUUCGCUGUUCAUGAACAUGGCGAGCGAGAACGACGCGGCCGCGAUAGAGACGCAAGAGUGGUACCGGUGCGGACCCGACCUGCUCGGAGAAUCGGUGCGACCCCUCUUUGUCCAGAGCCACCUAGACUCGGGCACCAAGGCGUUCCUCAAGGGGAGCAUGGAGAAGUCUGGCUGGCUGAUCACCCAGCUCUAUCACUCGUUCGUGUCGACAGUCCUCGGCCCACUGGUCUCGCGCACCUCCAUUAAUGGGUUUCUCGGUCGGGGCUCUAUGUUUGUGUUUUCCGCCGAGCAGUUCCAGCGGCUGCUCCGGAUCGACCCGGAGUGGAGGGCCGAGAGGCUCCUUGACCUCGGAGCCGGGGACGGGGGUGUCACAGAGGUGAUGGGUGCCCAUUUUAGAGAGGUCUACGCCACUGAGGUCUCGGCGCCCAUGAAAUGGCAUCUCCAGAGGAGGAAUUACAAACUGCUGGGUAUCGACGAGUGGCAGCAGGCGGGUUUCCAGUACGAUGUGAUCAGCUGUCUGAACCUGCUGGACCGCUGCGACGAUCCUCUGCAUCUCCUGCGGGACAUCAGGCUGUCGCUGGUUCCCAACACGGGGAGACUCAUCCUGGCUGCUGUACUUCCCUUCCAGCCCUACGUGGAAGUCGGAGGGAGAUGGCAGCGUCCCAAAGAACAUGUUAAAGUAAAAGGAAAAACGUGGGAGGAGCAAGUGACCAACCUAUCCAACGAGGUCUUCCGAAGGGCGGGGUUUGAGGUGGAGGCCGUGACCCGGUUGCCAUACCUCUGCGAGGGGGACAUGUACAACGAUUACUACGUCCUCGACGAUGCGGUUUUUGUUCUCAAGGCCUCAGAGGAGAUGUCAGAGUCUGCCUGAAAAAAACAAAAUGCAACGUGGAACUGUGGGAGACCCGCCAACCACACCUGUGUAUCGGCAGGGUCGCUCCUGGAUGGAUUUUAGUGUAAUUUUUCGUACGCUUCAUUCAUAAAAGACAGUAUUUCUGACGGUAUUUCUUUAGAAAUGGUGAGGCAGCUGUGAAGCUCAGGUACUGUAGAUUCUACAUUUACCAGCCAUCUUGUGUGACAGUGAUACCUCUAACAAACAAACUGAACGGCAGUUUAUCUGUAUUAAAAUGCAGCUGAGGAUCAAUUCCUCUAAGACAUGUCUAUAUGCUGUUGGUGUUCAGUUAUCAAUGAGAAGUUUUAACUGUUAUUGUUUCAUCAUCCUGGAAUGGAAAAUAACCCUGGUUGAAUAUUUCAGUUUGUGAUGACAAGGAUCAGUGUAUGCACACACUUGAUUUAAACAUUGUGAAUUGGA